UGAAAGAAGAGGAAGGACCUUUGGAGUGAAAGACGAAGAGGAGACUGGAGAUCUGAUUAACACUACAGGAGAGAGACCAGCCUCUCACCCUGACCGUGGGAAGAGUCCAGACCCAGAGACGACCAAACCAGCAAGACCAUACCACUGUUCCCAGUGUGGAAAGAGAUUUAUUCAGUCAUCGCAUUUGAAAGAACAUGAGAGAAUACACACAGGAGAACAGCCAUUCCAAUGUUCCCAGUGUGGAAAGAGUUUUACAAAUGUAGGGAACCUGAAAACACAUGAGAUGACACACACGGGAGAGAAGCCUUUCCACUGCUCCCAGUGUGGAAAAAGGUUUACCCAGUUAGGGAACCUGAAAACGCAUGAAAUGACACACACAGGUGAGAAGCCUUAUCACUGCUCCCAUUGUGGAAAGAGUUUUAGACACUCAGGACAUCUAAAAGUACAUGAAAGAACACACACUGGAGAGAAGCCAUACCAAUGCUCCCAGUGUGGAAAGGGUUUUGGACACUCAUGGCAUCUUAAAGUACAUGAAAGAACACACACGGGAGAGAAGCCAUAUCAAUGCUCCCAGUGUGGAAAGGGUUUUGGACACUCAGGGCAUCUAAAACUGCAUGAAAGAACACACACGGGAGAGAAGCCAUAUCAAUGCUCUCACUGUGGAAAGAGAUUUAUCCAGUCAUUGCACCUGAAAGAGCAUAAGAGAAAACACACAGGAGAGAAGCCUUUCCAAUGUUCUCAGUGUGGAAAGAGUUUUAUCCAGUCAUCACAUCUGAAAGAGCAUAAGAGGAUACACACAGGAGAGAAGCCAUUCCAAUGCUCUGAGUGUGGAAAGACUUUUAGCCAGAUAGGGCAGCUGAAAUAUCAUGAAAGAAAACAUACAGGGGAGAAGCCUCAUCACUGUUCCCAGUGUGGAAAGGGUUUCAGAUACUCAGGGCAUCUAAAAGUGCACGAAAGAACACACACUGGAGAGAAGCCCUAUCAAUGCUCCCAGUGUGGAAAGGAUUUUAGACACUCCGGACAUCUUAAAGAUCAUGAGAAAAUACACACAGGAGAACAACCAUUCCAAUGCUCUCUGUGUGGAAAGAGUUUUACCCAUUUAGGGAACCUGAAAAUGCAUGAGAUGACACACACAGGAGAGAAGCCUUUUCACUGCUCCCAGUGUGUAAAAAGUUUUACCCAGUUAGGGAACUUGAAAACGCAUGAGAUGACACACACAGGAGAGAAGCCUUUCCACUGCUCCAAGUGUGACAAGGGUUUUAGAACCUCGGGAACCUGAAAACGCAUGAAAUGUCACACACGGGAGAGAAGCCUUUCCGAUGCUCCCAAUGUGGAAAGAGUUUUACCCAGUUAGCGAGCCUGAAAAGGCACGAAGGAACACACACAGGAUAGAAGCCUUUCCAGUGUUCUCAGUGUGGAAAGACAUUUUCCUGGUCAGAACGACCUGCAAAUCACACGAGAGAAGAGAGACACUGUUGUAGAUGGCAGAAUUUGGGGUGAGCUGUUGUAACUUCUCCAGGUUGAUGCUCUGUUCUGUGAUGAACUGCAUUUCAUAAACUACUACGCCUAUUACCUGUCUGCACCCUAACACAUUGCUGCCGUCUGUAACUGUUGCAUUAAUGAAGUACUAUUAUCACCUUCCUCUAUAUGAGGGGACAUGCAACUAUCUGCAUUUUAUUUUGGGGUUCUUCCCUGACUAUGAUCAGCGAGACAGAUCUCACUUGCUUGUAUUUAAGAUGUACUAUUAUCACACCUUAAAUAGUCUCUGAUCUUUGGGAUUGAGUGUGUUCUGACUUUAUUAUUUUUUUGCAAUGGGUUUCUUUGGUUUGUGGCCACAUGAAAUAAAAUUUUAUGAAAGCAACUCAAAAAAACAGCCUUACUUUGUUAGCCGGACCUUUACGUCUCCAAGCA